AAGAUAAAUCGAAUCUCCAUAUUUUCAAAUUCAAUUGAGCUAGCAAUUACCCUUUAAUUGAAUAUUUUCCGUUGAAUUACAAUUUCGAUUAUUGUUUUCUUCUUCUCUCUCGAAUUUCUCGUAUCUUUUUCAAUUCAAUAUCACCCCAAUUUCUAUUAUUAUUAAACAAUGGUUGCUUUUACAGGUGAACACUUUGUACUCUCAAAUACUGAUGCUAAAAUUCCAGCAAUUGGUUAUGGUACUGGCACCAAGUGGUACAAGUAUGGUAGAGAUGAAAUUGAUGAAAAAUUGGUUUCAAAUUUGGUCAAGGCUGUUGAUUAUGGCUUUGUUCAUAUUGAUGGUGCUGAAGUUUAUAACACAGAUUCAGAAACUGGAUUAGCAUUAAAAAAAAUUAAAAAAAGCAGAGAAUCCAUCUGGAUCACCAAUAAAUAUUUUGCUGGUGAUGGCAGUUACAAAGCAAGAUCAACUGAAGCCAAUCCAUACGAAGCAAUUAAAGCCGGUUUAAAAAGAUUGCAAAUUGAAUACAUUGAUUUAUAUUUAUUACAUGCUCCAUUCAUCAAAAAGGAAACCCAUGGUUUCUCCAAAGUCGAAGCAUGGAAAUACUUAGAAAAGGCUUACGAGGAAGGUUUAGUCAAAAACAUUGGUGUUUCAAACUUUUCAGUCGAAGAUUUAAAGGAAAUCUUGGAAGAAGCUAAAUAUAAACCACAAGUCAACCAAAUUGAAUACAGUGCUUAUUUGCAAAAUCAAACACCAGGAAUUUAUGAUUUUGCUCAAGAAAACGGAAUUUUGCUAGAAGCUUAUUCUCCCUUAGCUCCAUUGUACAAAUUAUCCGAAGAAGAAAAAAAAACAGAUAAGUUGUUGUCAUAUUUAAAGCAAUUAAGUGCUAAGUACAACAAGUCGGAAACCCAAUUAUUGCUAAGAUGGACCAUUCAAAAAGGAGUAUUGCCAAUUACCACUACCUCCAACGAAACGAGAUUUGCUGAAAUUCCCAAUGUCU